AUGAAUAACUCAAGUGCGAACAACAAUGUAUCAUCUGGCAAUAAUUACCUGAUGGGAAGUCCAUACAAAACGGUGGAAGUUGUUUUCAUCGUUAUCGUUGCUGGAUCUCUCAGUCUGGUGACCAUCAUUGGAAACAUCUUAGUUAUGGUCUCUAUAAAAGUUAAUAGACACCUACAGACAAUCAAUAACUAUUUUUUGUUCAGCUUAGCUUGUGCUGACUUAAUUAUUGGUGUAUUCUCCAUGAACCUGUAUACUCUAUAUACCGUGAUUGGCUAUUGGCCUAUAGGGCCUGUGGUGUGUGACCUGUGGCUGGCUUUGGAUUAUGUAGUCAGUAAUGCCUCUGUAAUGAACCUUCUCAUCAUCAGCUUUGAUAGAUACUUCUGUGUCACCAAACCACUUACAUAUCCGGUGCGGAGAACCACCAAGAUGGCAGGUAUGAUGAUUGCUGCAGCCUGGGUGUUGUCUUUCGUCCUUUGGGCACCCGCAAUUCUUUUCUGGCAGUUCAUUGUUGGCAUAAGAACUGUUCCUGAUGGGGAGUGCUAUAUUCAGUUCUUCUCAAAUGCUGCCGUCACUUUUGGUACUGCUAUUGCAGCCUUCUAUCUGCCAGUAAUUAUUAUGACAGUUUUGUACUGGCAAAUAUCUCGGGCCAGCAAGAGCAGGGUAAAAAAGGGUAAAAAGGAACCACCGCCUAAUCAAGAUCCUGUAUCUCCAAGCCUUGUCCAAGGGAAAAUAGUAAAGCCAAACAAUAAUAAUGUGUCUGCCAUGGAAAAUAGUGUGGACCAUAGCAAAAUUCAGAAUGGUAAAGCUAAUAUAAACUCUGAGACUGAAAAUUGUACUCAGGUAGAAGGAGAAGAAAAAGAGAUCUCUAAUGAUUCCACCUCUGUAAGUGCUUUAGCUUCAAAUUCAAAAGAAGAUGGUAUUGCCAAAGAUGCGCCAGAAGCUUCUGGAUCCAAGGCCAAUCCAAAGAUUGAAAACUCGAAACUCACAUGCAUACGAAUAGUUACAAAGUCUCAAAAGGGUGAUUGUGGUGCAACCAGUGGCACUACAGUUGAAAUUGUUCCAGGAGCCAAUGGUCGGAAUGGAGAAGACAAGCAGAAUAAUGUAGCUCGCAAAAUCGUAAAGAUGACCAAGCAACCAGCCAAAAAGAAGCCUCCACCUUCUAGAGAAAAAAAGGUGACAAGGACUAUCUUGGCUAUUCUUCUAGCAUUUAUUAUCACCUGGACACCAUACAAUGUCAUGGUCUUAAUCAACACUUUUUGUGCAUCCUGUAUUCCAAACACAGUAUGGACAAUUGGCUAUUGGCUAUGCUAUAUCAACAGUACCAUAAAUCCUGCGUGUUAUGCCCUUUGCAAUACCACCUUUAAGAAAACCUUUAAACACCUCCUUAUGUGUCAGUAUAAAAACAUAGGUUCAGCGAGGUAGAAGAGGUAAAGGAGGAAAAAGAUUUGCCAUUUAAAUAUUACGCCAUAGCACUUUACUACUCAAAUAUGGAAUGUGCAAUCUGGAUCAUUUUUUUUUUUUCUGAUACAGACUUGUGGAUUAACUCCACCUGUAAUAAAUGCACUUAGACCUUUUAAAACAUUAAAUAAUAGGAUACAGGGACUUUAAGAAAGAGUUUAAAGAUUGGGGUCCUAAUCUCAGUUUCAUACUCUUCAAUAUAAAAACAGUGAGGAGCUUUGGAGAUUUAACUCGUGUCCUUGUCUGUAUGAAUAAUAUUCACUUUUUCUGUAUAAACGUCAACAGGACACACAUUAUACAUGAGGGGAAAAUCAAGAUAUGUAACAGAACAAAGUGAAGUUAACUUUACAAUGCUUUGUAUACAGCAGUCAAUAUUAAUCGUGUGACUUUUUAGCUGUCUUCACUUGAGACAUUGAAAUGUUGAUGAAUACCAUGUUUUACGCAGAAAUAUCAUUUUUAUCCUGCCGUUGAAACUGGUUCUUUUGUGCCUCUGUGUUUUAAGUGACUGUCUAUCAAAAUAUUAUACUAUUAACCCUGCUGUUAUGUUGGGUUAUGUCAGAGCUUCCUGGAAAUUGUAAGCCAAGCAAAAAAACUAAACAAAAACAAAAAAAAUCCCAUAAUUUUUGUGUUCAUACCACAUGACAAAUCCAUUAUGCAGCAACUUAGUUUUCUGAUAUUCAACAAAGAGAAAUUUAAUCACAGGUAACAUAUAUAUAUAUUAAUUUGAA